UCAACCUUUCACACGUUACGCCUUUAUCGUUCAGUUGGUUGAGGGUUUUCCCCACAUCUAAACGGAUCCAGCUCUCUUGAAGCAAAAGGACUGAGCUUUCUAAGGUUGGAAACGCCAAGCAUCUCAAGUCACCCUCACGCCUUUCAUGACAACAAGCGCUAGCUAGCAACCACUUCUCUGGUUUGUGACACUCACUGCACGCGUUCCCCUGCCAUUCGCUUUGGACUUGUCAAAGCAGACUCGAAGACUCUAAAGGAGUAAGCCACUAAGGUAGCAACUUAGUCGAAAGCCAUUCAACGAUGGAUAGGACGGAGCUUAUUCAGAAGGCCAAGCUGGCGGAGCAGGCGGAGCGCUACGACGACAUGGCUGCGUCCAUGAAAGAGGUGACAGAGCUGGGAGUGGAACUGUCGAACGAGGAGAGAAAUCUGCUUUCUGUCGCUUACAAGAACGUCGUCGGCGCGCGGAGAUCGGCCUGGAGGGUCAUUUCCAGCAUCGAACAGAAGACCGAGGGCAACGAGAAGAAGCUUCAGAUGGUGAAGGAAUACCGCGAGAAGGUGGAAACUGAGUUGAGAGAUAUCUGUAACGAUGUGCUGGAGCUUUUGACCAAAUUUUUGAUUGAGAAAUCCACAAACCCUGAGAGCAAAGUGUUCUAUUUGAAGAUGAAGGGAGACUACUUCAGAUAUCUUGCUGAAGUUGCCACAGGAGAUAACAGGAAGGAGACGAUAACCAACUCGCAGGGAUCCUACCAGGAGGCUUUUGACAUCAGCAAGGGCGAGAUGCAGCCCACGCACCCCAUCCGUCUGGGCCUGGCCCUCAACUUCUCCGUCUUCUACUACGAGAUCCUCAACUCCCCGGAGCAGGCCUGCUCCCUGGCUAAGCAGGCAUUUGAUGAAGCCAUCGCUGAGCUGGAUACGCUGAAUGAAGAUUCCUACAAAGACAGCACACUGAUCAUGCAGCUACUGAGAGACAACCUCACAUUAUGGACCUCCGACAGCGCCGCUGAUGAAGGUGAGGAGGAGAGGCAGGAGAAGGAGGAGGUGAGGGAGGAGACGCAGGAGACGCAGCCGAUAACUAGGAGAACAAAACACCUCCACUAAAACCAGGAAAAAGAAGAAAAAAAUAAACUUUUUACACAUUCAUCCCUUCAUUCCUCGUUUCACUUAAGAAUAUUCUAUCCAUGGAUACCCAUAAUUGCAGAUGUGUUGGUGUGUGCUUGUGAGCAUGCGCAGGGCCUAGAACAAGCAUUCACCCUCCUUCUGAAAGUUUUCACCGUUAAUCUUUUCUGACAACAUUGAAUCAUGGUUGAUUUUCAUUUGGCUUUUUUUUUUUUUUUACUCAAAAAAAAAAAAAAAAGACUUUCAUGUCAAAGUAAAAACAGAGCUCUGCAAAGUGAUCUAAAUGAAUACAAAAUGUAGUAUUUACACCUUUGAUGUGACUCACGUAAAUCAUGACUGGUGCAGCCAAUUGGUUUUAGAAGUUAUGCAUUUAAUGAAAUGGAGAUCACCAGUGUGCAGUAAAUGCACUUCAAGAGUUGUAUAAAUACGCCUGUAUCGUCACUGGUGAACCAGUAUACUAGCAAAAGACAAAAGAACGCUCCAAGCCACUUGGCAAAAAGAUUAUUGAAAUGGGCAAGUCAGGGGAAGGAGACAAGAACAUUUCACUGAAUAUCUCUGAAGUACAUUUAAAUCCAUCAUGAGGAAAUGGAAGGAAUAUGGCACAGCCGUAAAUCUGUUUAGAACAGACGGUCCUCAAAACAUCCGUGGCUGUGCAAGAAGGGGACUAGUGAGGGAAGCCACCAAGACAACUAGGAUUUAUCUGACUGACUUACAAGCUUCUGUUGGGUGGCACUGUCUGGGCAUACGACAACUGCUGCCCUGGCUCCUCACCAGUCCCAGCUUUAUGAGUAGCCAAGAGAAAGCCACUGUUGGGGAAAAACGCUCCUAUGAAAUCUUGGCUAGCUUUCCAGAAUGGCAUGUGGGAGAUUCUGAAGUCAAGUGCAAGAAGGUUUUAUGGUCUGACGGCUCUACGGUUCAGUCUUGUAAAACAAUAAACGGUGAAAACUUUCAAGGGGUGGUGAAUCCUUUCUAUGGGCACUGUAUGUGCAUAUUUGUGUGUAUAUGGAAUACUUUUGUAUGUUUUCCACCACUUGGCUUUUGUUAUGAUUAUAAAACCUGAGUUAAAUUGAUAUCUCCAUUCCUUGAAUUGUGUUUGCCCUGGCCUUCCUUAUGUGCGGUCUUUGCCAUAGAAAAGUAUUACUAGAUUUAUGUAACGAAGAUAAUGACUCCAGUUGAUUUGAGUGCAGCAGGAUGUGUGUGCAUCAUUUGAAACACCAAUUGUUCAAUGCAAGGCUGUGGCAGUCAAUGGUGUGAUAUUGUAAUUUGCCAACUUUUGUCUAGUCUUUCCAUCCCCUUUUGAACUGUUGUUACAUCAGCAGCUGAGACAAAGGUCUUCAUAACUGUUAUUGACCAUUCAUGCAUUGGGUUUGAAACAAUAGAGAAGCCUCUGUUCUUUGUGAGCUAUAGUCUAACCACAGUAGCAAGUCGGCAAGCCUUUCUCCGCCAAGCCAACAUUUUUCAUCGGCAGUAACAAGGUGCGUCCUUGAAGGACACAAGCACUCCUUUUGGGUAAUGUUCACAUCAAUGUGUUUACAUUGUCGCAUGACUUAAUAGAAUUACAUGAUAUGGUGGCGUUAUAUGCAGACCGAACAAAGAUUAAAUGAAAAAUAUUUAUAUGACCUCAUGCAUGCCGGGUUUCAGUGUACACUGGAAUGGGAUCCAAUUCUGCAAUCACUAAAUUCCCACUUUGGACUCAGUACUUUUCAUCGCAGGUUUGUGCACUUGCACAAGGGUGCCUGGUUUGUCCAGUGCUUUGUCUAUAGAGAUUUGGACCACUAUUGUGUAUUUGCAAAUCAUUGAUUGUAGUCCUUUAAAGCCUUGUGGAAACGUGAAUGCCCUACGCAAGUUAUGUAACAUACAUAAAGAUGACAUUUUGUAAACCA